UUCUUGAUGCAGGACAGGCGAGCCCUUCACCUUCAACGCCACAGCAGCCCAGCCGCAGUACUUCAAGUACGAGUUCCCAGAGGGCGUGGACUCUGCCAUCGUUAAAGUGACCUCAUCCACGGCAUUCCCUUGUUCGGUCAUUUCCGUCCAGGAUGUUCUGUGUCCCGUCUACGACUUGGAUAACAACGUGGCUUUCAUUGGCACGUACCAAACUAUGACCAAGAAGGCAGCCAUCACGGUGCAGAAGAAGGAUUUCCCCAGCCACAGUUUCUACGUGGUUGUUGUGGUGAAGACCGAAGAUGAAGCUUGUGGGGGAGCGUUGCAUUACUACCCUUUUUCCAAAGAUGAGCCUGUUGACCAAGGCAACCGCCAGAAAACCCUGAAUGUGGUGGUGACUCCUGCUGUCAGUUCAGAGGCCUAUGUGAAUGGGAUCCUUUUCUGCCUGGGCGUCUUCUUGUCCUUCUACGUGCUGACGGUGCUGAUCGCCUGCUGGGAAAUCUGGCGGCGACGGGAGCAGAGGCAGAGGCAGCUACGGCUCCUGAGUGCUGCGGACACCCCCAGUCCAGAAAGGGGCGUACGAGCUUCUCUCCUUGGGAAUCCCCAGGACACCCCGGAUUCCUUCCUGGGGCGCCCUCCUCUCAGCAGCCAGAGUUACGGGUCCUUCGCGGAUGCCGGGUCCACCACUAGCACUGAGAAUGUCACGGACAGCCUGCUUUCCACGGAAGCCUCCUCCAGUUACGCUGAUCGCUCCCUAGAGAACGUGGCAGGACGCCCCCGGCUUGACUCGCUCAGCUCCGUGGAAGAGGAUGAUUACGACACGCUGGCCGACAUCGAGUCGGACAAGAAUGUCAUCCGCACCAAGAAAUUCCUGUGUGUCGCUGAUCUGGCCCGCAAAGACAAGCGAGUGUUGCGGAAGAAAUACCAGAUUUACUUCUGGAAUAUUGCCACCAUUGCUGUCUUCUAUGCCCUCCCGGUCAUCCAGCUGGUCAUCACCUACCAGACGGUGGUGAACGUUACUGGGAACCAGGACAUCUGCUACUACAACUUCCUCUGUGCACACCCUCUGAGCAACCUCAGCGCCUUCAACAACAUCCUCAGCAACCUGGGCUACAUCCUGCUGGGCCUGCUCUUCCUGUUCAUCAUCCUGCAGCGCGAGAUCAACUACAACCGAGCCUUGAUGCGCAAUGACUUCCAGGCUGUGGAGUGUGGCAUCCCCAAACACUUCGGCCUCUUCUAUGCCAUGGGCACUGCACUCAUGAUGGAGGGUCUCCUCAGUGCCUGCUACCACGUGUGCCCUAACUAUACCAACUUCCAGUUUGACACCUCCUUCAUGUACAUGAUCGCCGGGCUCUGCAUGCUGAAGCUGUAUCAAAAGAGGCACCCUGAUAUCAACGCCAGCGCCUACAGUGCCUACGCCUGCCUGGCCGUCAUCAUCUUCUUCUCGGUCGUGGGGGUGGUCUUUGGCAAAGGCAACAUGGCCUUUUGGAUCGUCUUCUCGGUCAUCCACAUCCUGUCCACGCUGCUGCUCAGCACCCAGCUGUACUACAUGGGCCGCUGGAAACUGGAUUCCGGCACCUGGCGCAGGAUUUUUCACGUGCUGUACACGGACUGCAUCCGCCAGUGCAGCGGGCCCACGUACAUGGAUCGGAUGGUGCUGCUGGUGACGGGUAACCUCAUCAAUUGGUCCCUGGCGGCUUACGGCCUCAUUAUGCGCCCCAACGACUUCGCCUCCUACUUGCUGGCCAUCGGCAUCUGCAACCUUCUGCUCUACUUUGCCUUCUACAUUAUCAUGAAGCUGCGGAGCGGCGAGCGUCUGCUGCUGAUCUCCCUGCUCUGCAUCGUCUGCACCUCCGUCGUGUGGGGCUUCGCUCUCUUCUUCUUCUUCCAGGGCCUGAGCACCUGGCAGAAAACGCCAGCCGAGUCCCGUGAGCACAACCGAGAGUGUAUCCUGCUGGGUUUCUUUGACGACCACGAUGUCUGGCACUUCCUCUCCUCCAUCGCCAUGUUUGGCUCCUUCCUGGUCCUGCUGACUUUGGAUGACGACCUCGACUGUGUCCAGCGUGACAAGAUUUACGUCUUCUGAGGGGCACUUGGAGACGCCUUGGCAGAGAAGCCGGAGACCUUUCUCGGGACAGGCGUCCUGACGGCAUCUGGCGGGUGCCGGGGGGCACAGCUGCGGGCUCCUCCCCUCACAAGCACAUCACAGGAGAGCCCGCAGAAGGGAGCAGGGUUGACGAGGGCCUGUCCGAGGACCUUCCUGUCUUGAGCCUCUGAGAGCUGGCCCCGGGGGCCCAGGGCGACGCGUUCAAAUGCUACCUGGGCUACGCCUCUGUCGGGAGCUGUUGGUCUCCCUUUCUCGACCAUCGGCAGAGCUCCCUCCCCCGGGCAAGGCCUGGCAGGUGGAGAGAAAAGGCCUUCCUGUUGGGGUCCAGCACUGCCAGCAACUCUGGGGAGAGGCGCGGAGAGGAACAGCGACAGGCUGGGCUCCUGUGCAGUGGGGCGGCCCUGGGAAACUUCCACGGCGCUCUCUCUUCUCGGUGCCUGCGUUGACAGCCUGAGGGCCCUCCCCUGCAGUGCAGCUGCCUCCUUCCUCUGAACAAGGAGGUCUGGCACUUGGUUCCAAGGAGCAGCGGCCACUAGGAGCCCUCUGCCCACCAGCACUGGCAGCAGCAUCCAGGCAGAGGGGCACCUCCUCCUCCUCCUCCAGCACACGGGCACGAUGCACUUCAUCGCUUAUGGGGAGGAAGUGGGCCAGGGGGUCUCAGUCUGUGGGGCUGAGUGGUCCCUGGGGCACCUCCCUGGCUUUGGCCCCAGAGCAAGCCAGCCCUCAUUUCCUGGGGAGGGGCUUCCUCAAGCAGUCACCGUAACGCAGGGGCUGCAUGUGGGGGAGGAGCAAGAGAAGAUCAGAAAGGUCAGGCUGGCAGGGGGAGGAAGCAGCAGAGUGCCCCUCUUUUCCCCUCGAGGGAGAAGACCAGCCCCCCCCCCCCAUCUCUCCAUUCCUGGUUUCGGACUGCAGCUGAGAUGGUUUUCCUUUGAAACGGUUCCCAGUAUAAAGCGCUGCUGAAGAAAACGAGCAUUUUGGCCUCUACAGAUCCUGCCGCCCAAUGCAAGCGAUAAAAGAUGCCCUCGCCUCGC